CUCUAACUUCGUGCCACGGGUUUUAUACACGCGCAGUUCGGAUUUAGGAACGAAACCACAACCCAAAACACCUCUCUCUCUUCUCUCUCUCUAAAACCCAACAAUUUCUUACAAAGUGAGGAUUGUGUUUAUCAGUUUUAUUCUCUGAAACAAGGAUUUCCGAUUUAGAGCAUGGAGAUCUGAAAUUGGGAGGCAAUUCGAAUUGAAGUGUGUGGAAAAUCGAUUGAUUUCACUAUAGAUAGUUGUGAUGAUUGUUGGAUAUUUUUGUUGCUAUACGGAAAGUCUUUUCGUCUGAAAUUCGUAAAUUUGGUCCUUUUUUUUUGUUUGCUUUCGGGUAUUUAGGGGAAGCUUUUGCAUGAAACAUAAGGCGAAUAUGGGUGGUGGAAAUUUCAAUGAUGAAGAGAAAGCGAUUGUUGCGGCUGUGUUAGGAACUAGAGCAUUUGAUUACCUGAUUGCGAGCUCCGCCGGGAAUGAAUGUUCAUUAACUUCAUCAGCAAACGAUGAUAAUUUACAAAACAAGCUCUCAGAUCUCGUAGAUAACCCUAAUUCCGGUAAUUUCAGUUGGAAUUACGCUAUUUUCUGGCAAAUCUCCCGUUCAAAGUCCGGCGAUUUGGUUCUAGUUUGGGGGGAUGGGUCUUGUAGGGAGCCUAGAGAAGGAGAAGAGUUUGAAAUCGCUCGAAUUUUAAGCAUCCGAUUAGAAGACGAAAACCAACAGAGAAUUAAGAAAAGAGUCCUUCAAAAUCUGCAUGUUUUGUUCGGCGGAUUAGAUGAAGAUAAUUACGCUUUUGGAUUAGACAGAGUUACAGAUACCGAGAUGUUCUUCCUCAUCUCCAUGUAUUUCUCCUUCCCACAAGGACAAGGAGGCCCCGGCAAAUGUUUUUCUUCCGGCAACCACUUAUGGUACUCCGAUGCUUUAAGAUCCACCUCCGAUUACUGUUUCCGAUCAAAUCUCUCAAAAUCUGCAGGCAUUCAGACUGUCGUCUUAAUUCCAACAGACGUUGGGGUGCUUGAAGUUGGAUCGAUUCGUUCCAUACCGGAAAACAUGGAGCUCUUACAUUCCGUACGAUCAUCCUUCUCCUCAAAUUCAAACACUUCUCUAGUGUCUCCAUUGUUAUCAAAGCUUUUCAACCAGGACAUGGGAUUGAGUUUGCGGCAGCCUCAAUUUAGAGAAAAACUCACAGUCAGGAAACCCGAAAACCAUCAACCAUUCCCAAAAAUCGAGAAUCCACAAAUCCUGAUUUCAAAUUCAAGAAACAGAAUAACAGGUUCGAAUUGGGCACAAUUCAGCACCCUUCAAAACCCAGCAACAGAAAUGCAAAUCGACUUCACAGCCACAGCCACAGGUGCAGUGUCUCGACCUGUGAGUGGUGAUUCCGAGAUUUCAGAUGUUGAAGCUUCGGGCAGGGAAGAAAUGGCUAUCACCGCCCGAACAGAUGAUAAACGGCCUAGAAAACGUGGCCGGAAACCCGCAAACGGAAGAGAAGAACCCUUGAAUCAUGUAGAAGCGGAAAGACAGAGGAGAGAGAAACUGAACCAGAGAUUCUAUGCUUUACGAGCUGUUGUCCCUAAUAUUUCAAAAAUGGAUAAAGCUUCGUUAUUAGGAGAUGCAAUUGCUUACAUAACGGAUCUUCAAAAGAAGCUAAGAGAGAUGGAAUCUGAAAGAAGCAGCACAUCAUCCAUGGAUACACCUAACAACAGUGUCUCAAAUCUGCAGAAAAUUGAAAUUGAAGCAGGUGAAGAUGAAGUAACAGUAAGAGUGACGUGUCCUUUAGAUACACAUCCGAUGUCUAAAGUGAUUCAAGGAUUCAAAGAAGCUGGGAUUAGGGUUCUUGAAUCGAAAAUGGGUGCAGGGAAUGAUAAAGUGUUUCAUGUGUUUGUGGUAAAGUCUGAGGGAUCUGAAGAACUGACAAAGGAGAAGUUGAUGGCUGUGUUUUCGAAGGAAUCAACUUCUUCUUUACAUUAGUAAUUGGGAUAGAAAUGUUAAAGGUAUAAAAAUAGAAAGUUUUGUAUGAGAUUAGUGGGUUAUUUGAUUUUUACUUGUUUAAGUUUGAUAUGUAGUGCAGGGAAACAAUUUAGGCUGAUUAUCUUCCUUAUACAUUUUUCGUUUUAAUGAUAUACAAAUAUUUCAAACUUAUUAAAUA